GGCAUUCUGGUCGCUGAUGUAUAACGGAUUGGCCGCUUUCGCCAGCGUGCUGGGGCUUGUAGGAGCAAUGAGGUUGCUGCCCAAGCUUGUGUCAGCUUACACCCUUGUUCACACCGCCACACUAUCCUUCGUCACUCUCGCACUUAUCAACACCCUCCUUUCAUACGACCUCCGUUAUAUGAAUCCGGUGAUUCCGAGUUGGCGGAUAGACGAGACCGCGAUAUGCCGAGACAUCGAUGCUGGAUUUGGUUGGGAUGAGGAGUGGCUCGUGCAGUGCUCGAAAAGCUUUGGCAUGAUGCAGGUGGGCGUUGCUUGCGGUGGUCUGGUGCUGAUGAUUGCACAAUGGUGGGCGCUGGCUACUGUAAGAAGCUGGAGCAGCGAGCUGCAGGCCCGGCGGUCGAGUCGAAGCGAUAUCGAAAAAGCAGGCUUUUUGGUGGAGGAUGAUGUCUACGUAAUCAGGGAGAAGAGCGGAUGUUAGGAGAAGCGAGAGGCAUGUAACGUAAUGGCCGAUAUGACUAUACGACCACUUUCCAAUCAACCGCACCGGCAGCCCUCGACAAGAUGAACUGGACUCUAUGGAUGUGUUCGAGAUGCAGGCAGGAAGGUGUCAGAUGUAAUGCUCGUUGGGCGGCUUACAACCGUGCAAGUCUGGGCCUGACUGACGACAUGUGGCGCGUCUUCCUCAGAGUGCUGGACUGGCAUAUGGAUGACAGGAUUUUGAUCUGCAG